AGCAGAGAAAUGGAGGGGGAGAUGGAAAUGAGCAUGAGUGCGAGCGAAGAUCUGGAAAUGGGGGAAGACAUAACCCCACCACUCCCUCCCCUCGCGUACUCCCUCCACGAUGCCUUCCUCCUCUCUCACUGCUCCUCCUGCUUCUCCCCUCUCUCCAAUCCCCCUCUUCUCCCUACCAAUUCCCCCCUCUACUGCUCCCCUCGCUGCUCCUCCUCCUCUCGUCACGUCUCCACCGCCGAACUCCACCUCCUCCAAUCCCGCUCCUCCACCACCGCAGACACCUCCGACCUCCGCGCCGCCCUCCGCCUCCUACAAUCCCUACCCGCCGCGUCUCGCUCCCCCCGCGCCGGACGUAUCGCCGGAUUGCUCACUAACCGCGAUAAACUCCUUGCGACGACCGGAGACGACGAGUUCGUCGGAAGAAUCCGCGAGGGCGCUGCUGCCAUGGCUGCGGCGAGGAAGAUGCGGGACGGCGACGAGGCCGAGGCCUGGGAGCCUGACGACGUCGCUCUGAAGGCGGCGCUGUGCUUGGUACUAACGAACGCCGUGGAGGUGCAGGAUAACACCGGGCGCAUCCUCGGCAUUGCCGUGUACGGCCCGAGCUUCUGCUGGAUCAACCACAGCUGCUCCCCCAACGCUUGUUACCGCAUUUCGCUGCCUUCUCCGCCGGCGUGUUGCGCCCAGGCGAGACUUCGGAUUGUCCCUUGCGCUCGCCACUGCCGAGAGGCUCAAAUAGAGAGUGGUGUUUGUAGCACUAGUGAGUUAACGAAAGAUGAGGUGUGCGAGAAUAGUGGUCCAAGAAUUGUUGUUAGGAGCAUUAAGAGGAUUAAGAAAGGGGAGGAAGUGACUGUUGCCUACUCCGACUUGUUGCAGCCUAAGGCAGUGAGGCAAUCAGAAUUAUGGUCAAAGUAUCAGUUCAUCUGCUGUUGUAGGCGAUGUAAUGCUUCAUCCCUGACUUAUGUGGAUCAUACUCUGCAAGAAAUUUCUGCGGCAACUCUUCACUCUUCCAGUUUGCAUUCUGAUCACAAGUUCUAUAGUGCCAACGCAAUUAGAAGGUUGACUGAUUAUGUGGAUGAUGCUAUAACUGAAUAUCUGUCAGUUGGUGAUCCUGAAUCGUGUUGCAAGAAGCUUGAGGACAUCCUCAGUCAAGGUCUCCUUUAUAAGCAGCUUGAAGGCAGGGAAGUAAAAUCACAGCCAACAUUCAAGUUGCAUCCCCUGCACUACCUCUCUCUAAAUGCCUAUACAACCCUGGCUUCAGCAUAUAGAGUCCGUGCAAGUGACUUUGUGGCGCUGUCUUCUGAAAUGGAUGGGCAUCUGUUGGAAGCUCUGGACAUGAGAAGGACCAGUGCAGCGUACUCAUUACUGCUUGCAGGUGCAACUCACCAUCUUUUUCACUCUGAAUCUUCUCUGAUUGCAUCUGCUGCAAAUUUCUGGAUAAGUGCUGGGGAAUCCUUAUUAACUCUUGCUAGAAGCUCAGUAUGGAGUGAGUUUGUAAAAAGGGGUCUGCCUGUAGCAAACCUUUCUUCUCUCUCAAAAUACAUAUGCUCGAAGUGCUCAUUGAGGGAAAACUUUAAAGCUAUUCUAUAUCACAGGCAACCUCAAAAUACAGAUUUUGAGGGCAUAUCUAGUGAGUUCCUUGAUUGUGUCACUAAUAUUACACAAAAGGUCUGGAGUUUCCUGAUUCACGGUUGCCAGUAUUUGAGAGUAUUUAAAGAUCCCAUCGACUUCAGCUGGCUUGGAACUAUGAAAUAUUCCGGUAUAGGGAAUGUUCAGCCUCAUCUUAGCAGCCCUGCUGUUGAUUCUUAUCAUGGGACUGAGAGAAGUGUUUCUAUAUGUGAAGCUCAUAUGUAUAUCUUUCAGCUUGGUGUCCAUUGCUUACAAUAUGGAGGGUAUUUAGCAAGCAUAUGUUAUGGUCGACAUUCCCAUUUGACUGAUCACACCCGAAGUAUUCUAGAAUAUGAAGAGUGUUUGAUAAACUGUUCUCAUGCAACACAUUGAGUUCUGAAACUUACCAGAAAUUUAUGCACUGUCUGAGCAGUUACUGAUUAACUUGAGGUGGUUGCUCAGAGACUUCAUGAACCAUUUAUCCAAGAGUUGAAGAGUACAUUGUCAUGGAAUGGAAGGUUUUGUGAGACCAAUUAUGAACGGAAGUUUGCAUGCGAAUAGUAAUGAGAUAUCACACCAUAUUUGAGUAUAUCUAUUUACAAAUUCAUGUUAAUUUUA